GAUGUUUUCGUCAACGUCACCUAGAAGGGAUGUGUUUUACAUGCUUAAUAAUGAUAAAAUGAACGCUAGUGAACUAUGUGCAGACAAUACAGAAAAAAUCAAGAAUCGUGAGCAUAGUUAUGGGCACAGAUUGUACGUAAUAAAUUAUGGGAAUGCGAGAACUGAUAGAUUAGAAAACAUCGCAAUGCCGGGAACCUACAGAUGUCUGUCAAACAAUUACAAUGGAACAUCGAUAUCAAAAACAUUUAAUGUGGUCAAUGUUACAGUUUCUGAAAAUAUAACUUUGGACGUAAGUCAAUAUGAUCAAACUAAAUACAUUCGCCUUGAAUGUGGCAUCAAGGGUGUAGUGCGAUAUGAAGAUAUUCAAUGGUUUUAUAGCAGAACUCAAGGUGCAGCAGUACACAAGGAUCUGUUAGGUGUUCUUCAUAUCAAGUGGACGAAGACGGGAAAUUAUACCUGCUCAGUUGAAAAUUUUGUUCAUUUAACCAGUCUUGUAUACACACCGAACAUAACCAAUGGAAGCACAGGGUAUAUAUUUACAACCAGAACCUUGACAAUAAAUACAAGCACAGACGCAACUUCUACAAAAUCAAUAAAUACAACCGCUGUACCAGUCGUAGCACCAGGAUACAACGACACCAUACGAACAAAUGUACAUGUAUCCCAAACAUAUACAAACACAGACACAAUAUCUACCAAUUUACCACGCCCAAAAACAGUACCAACACCAACGAUUACAAUACCAAGAUAUUCCGACAUACUAUCAAGAUACAAAGGUACAAUAGCAAUAACUAUGCAAGCAUAUACGGACGCAGAAGCAAUAUCUACGAAUUCACCAAACACAGGCGCAAUAUCAACCAAUUUACCACCCACAAACAUAGUACCAACAUCUACAAUUACAAUACCAAGAUAUUCCGACAUACUACCAGGAUACGAAGGAGCAACAGUAACAACUGUAAACGCAAUGCCAGCAUAUUAUACCGAAGCAGAAGCAAUAUCUACGAAUUUAUCAAACACAGACGCAAUGUCAACCACUUUACCACCCCCAAAUACAAUACCAACACCUACGAUUACAAAACCAAGAUAUCCCGACAUAUUACCAGGAUACGAAGGUACAAUAUCAACAACUAUAAACGUAAUGCCAACAUAUACGGACGCAGAAGCAAUGUCUACCAAUUCACCAGUACAAACACAUUCGAGUACAAUACCAAGAUAUCCAAGUGAACUACCAGAUAACGAUGACACAAUAGCAACAACUAUAAACGCACUACCAGAAUACAUUGACGACGUGGGAACACAACGAACCAUAACACCAACACUUACAAUGCCGAAAUUCGAAGUUACCAAUACAAUGCCAGCACCUAUAAUUACCACACCAACAUAUGCGAUACAAAACCCAAUAUUUAAAACCAUGCAAUUAACAUAUACCAACAUAGCGCCUAUAAUUACCACACCAACAUAUCCACAACAAAACCCAUUAUAUACAACCUGGACACAAACAUAUAUAACCACAGCACCUUUAGACACAACAUCUGCUUAUACAAAAACAACACUGAUGUCCGAAUACAAUACACAAACGUCUACAAACCCAGCACUGACACCAACACAUACAAUACAUGCUUCUUUAUAUACAAACACGACAGCAACAAACAGAACGAAGCGAUCAACACACAAUGACCCAAUAAUGGUACCCAAAAACAUUAUACGAACAUCUACAAACACAACAUUAACACCAUUAGAUGCAACACCAACGUAUAUAAUGCAAAUAGCAACAGGUACAAACAUGACUGCGACGCAUACACACGCGAUGACGACACGUAACAAUACGAAUGCAACAUAUACAAACGCGAUGGUAACCCAUAUAAACGCGACAUCAACAUAUACCACGUCAAUACCAGCACAUACCAAUACGAUACCAACAUAUACCAACACGGUGCCAACAUAUACCAGAUCGAUACCAUCAAAUACAAACACGAUACCAACAUAUACCAAAACGAUGCCAUCAAAAACAAACACAAUACCAAGACAUACAUCAGCAAUACCAUCACCCACAACAACAAUGCCAACGUAUACAAACACAAUGUCAACAAAAACAAAUGCAAUAUCAUCAACAUAUACCACCUCGAUACCAACACAUACAAUCACGAUACCAGCAUAUACCAACACAAUGCCAACAUAUACCAGAUCGAUACCAUCAAAUACAACCACGAUACCAACAUAUACAAAUAGAAUACUGAGCCAUACAUCAGCAAUACCAUCACCCACAACAACAAUGGCAACACAUACCAACGCAAUGUCAACAAAAACAAAUGCAAUAUCACCAACAUAUACCACCUCGAUACCAACACAUUCAAACAAGAUACCAGCAUAUACCAACACAAUGUCAACAUAUAUCAGAUCGAUACCAUCAAAUACAACCACGAUACCAACAUAUACAUCAGCAAUACCACCACCCACAACAACAAUGGCAGCACAUAUAAAUGCAAUGUCAACAAAAGCAAACCCCAUACCAUCUAAGGGUUCAACCGAAAACACAAAAAUCACAACCAAAGAACCAGUGACGCAACCAACAACAAUUCUUGUCGUAGAAGAAAAGAGACAAGGCGCAAAAAUAAAAGCAACAAUGGGCCGGAUAUACGGUGUUGUUGGGGCAAAAGUUACACUUGAGUGUGUAAGAGUGUGGAAAGAUCAUAAUGUGAUAAUAGAUUGGAAAUUUUCGAACUACACGGAUAUUAAAAGUAAUCAUAAAUAUCAUUUUCAAGAGCCGGAUCAAUGGAGUUUAGAGAUCUGGAAUUUAACCCGUGAAGAUACGGGUAAUUAUACAUGUCUAAUUGACGGACAACUCGAUCCAAUCUCUGCGGCCAGAAUUGAACUUAUAGUUACUGAUCAGUUCCAAUUUACAGUGAAUUCCGCCACUAAAUAUUCUGAAUCAGAAGAAAUACUUUUCGUAAACUACCAUAAUUGUUCUACAAACCAGGUCAACACCACAACCACUUGGUAUGUAAAUGGCCAGAAAUCAGAAGCUGCCCCGUUUGGUGAUAGAGAUUUAAAAUAUGAGGCUGGUUGUAUACAGUGUGACGUUAAGACAACAAACAUAAGCCUCUUUCACCAGACAUGCUAUUUGAAAUUAAAAAAGCUAACAAUACUCCAUCAGCCACCACUAGUGCAAAAAGUAUCCAAUCUUAAAGAAUUGGAUUUCACCGUAAUAGCCACCACAGAGCCACUCAUAAAUAUCGAUAUUGAGUGGGACAGCAGGAUAACCGAUCUAAUGCGGAAAUCUAAAAGUGAGACGCUGUUCAGUGGAGAGAUGAUAAGCGCAAUCAAGUUCGAAUUAAUUCCAACAGGAACAGCAACAUUACAGGAGUACCGUGGUAAUUUCAGUUGUAAUGUAUCAACUGAUUAUGGUCAGAAAGUUAUUACAACCCAAGUUAUUUUGUCUUAUCUAUCCAGCGCAGAUACUGAUACCAAUUGGGUUGUAGGGCCUAUAAUCACUGGUGUCACCGUUCUAACUGUAUGUAUACUUGUAUGUAUCGUUAAAAGAAAGUUCGGUUGGUUUAAAAAGAAAAUUUAUGAAAGGCGGCUCAUGCGAAUGGCAGCUAAAGAAUUUGAUGAGAUAGGUUUAUCCAUUAGUAACCAGAUGAAAUCGAGGUAUGUGUCGGUUCCAAAAUCAAACGAGGGGUUUCCUCGACAACGUCUUCGAAUUCUAGAAGUACUCGGCGAGGGUAACUUCGGGAAGGUGGUAAAGGCCGAAGCUCUGGACAUUAAUGGUAAUGGUGUGUGGGAAACCGUGGCUAUUAAGAUGUGUAAAGAGACAGCAACUGAUUCACAGAAAGAAGAUUUCGCCCAUGAAUUAGCUCUGGUUAAACAGAUACCUAAACAUUCUAAUGUUGUUAAUUAUUUGGGUUAUUGUCAAAGUGCCGAUCAACCAACCUUGAUGAUUCUAGAGUAUAUAUCUGGGGGGAAUCUUCUACAGUUUCUACGUAAACGUCGACCUAAUAUUAAACUCGGAGAAGACGCCUUGGAACCGCUGGAUUCCUCUGACCUUUCAUCGUUUGCCUAUCAGAUCGCGAAAGGCCUAGAGCACCUGAGUAAGCAUAAUAUAAUUCACCGGGAUAUCGCGGCUAGAAAUAUUUUAAUUACUGAAAACAAUGUAUGUAAAGUAGCUGAUUUAGGGUUGGCCAGAGAUUUACAUGACAGUGGAGCUUAUGAAAUAGCAUCUAAGGGUGUAUUACCAAUACGAUGGAUGGCACCUGAAUCUCUGACUGAUGGUAUUUAUACAUCUAAGUCGGACGUCUGGUCGUUUGGUAUUUUACUUUGGGAAAUAGUUACCUUAGGUGCGAGUCCUUACCCUGGUAUGUCAGCGCGACAGGUUAUGGCUGCUGUUGUAGGGGGAGAUAAGUUGGAAUGUCCUGACUUCUGUAGUAAAGAUCUGCAAAGUUUGAUAAUACAGUGCUGGGGUAAUAACCCAAGUCAAAGACCAAGUUUUAGCGAGAUCUGUCAGAUAUUAGAAUCACUGCUGGAAGAACAAACGGAUUAUCUCAAUCUUCAAAACUAUGAGGAGGGACUUUAUGCCGCUUUAUUUCCCACUACAGAUGAUGAUGAAGACAAAUGAACGAUGGCCAAUGGAUUGAUUGAGUGAAAAAUUGAACUUAGUAAAUGAACACUCUGUUGUGAGACGCCCAAAGCUGCUUGGACGAAAUGUCGAAUUCCUGGGAUGAAAAGUCAACUGAAUAAAUGGUCAUUCUUCGCGAGUAGCUCAAAACAUUGGACCCACUUCGAGUAACUUUGUAGUUUCGAGUUAGUCAAUUUUGACUGCCUUAAAAUUGUUUUCAGUGGCAUUUCGUAAUUGAACUAGAAAUACACAGGUCGCAAUUCUAUGGAAUACAAUUACUGCUUCGCUAUGAGCCCAUUACCGGAACCGGCUUCCAUACUUAUAAAGACCGGGAUCAUGAUCAGAGAAUAUAGAUUUUACUCGUGUGACACUGAGUAAGAUAUUAUUGUGGGUGUGGAGCUUUAAAUCCUGGACUGAUAUCACGUAUUGAUUAAAAAACGCAUAGGUGAAUAUUUUGGAAUUAUCCCUUUUUAAAAUACAAGGUGGUAUGAUUUUAUUAUUGAUGAUCGUAUCACAGUCAAAUUUGGCAUGACUAUAUUCGUGACUGACAUCAGUGAUCAGUGGAGGCAUUGUCAUAACCAAACAGCGUCGCGCGGAUGCUUCGAAAUCGAUACCUUCUGUGGCCAUCAUGAUCAAAACACUUAAAGCACGUUGUGUCGGAUUUUUGAUCCCAUGUAGAGAUUUGAUUUCGUGUCUGUUAUUUCGUCUGUAAGACAAAAAUGUUGUUUAUCUGUAGAA